AUGCCCAUUGAACCUAUUAGAUACGUAACCAAAGUCGAUUUGACGAAGCCUGGUGACGCUCAGCCCCAAGUGCAUAACAGAUGGCAUCCCGAUGUGCCCUUUACCGAGACCAUUACACCUGGUGAAACCGUAAAAAUCGAGUGUUUGGAUUGGACUGGUAACCAAAUCGGUAACAAUGACACUGCAGACGAUUUGAGAAACGUGGAUUUAACUAGAAUCCAUUAUUUGUCUGGUCCCUUCAAUAUCGAGACUGCUGAGCCUGGUGACGUUUUGAUCGUUGAGAUUAAAGACGUUCAACCGCUCGAGCGUCAACCUUGGGGUUAUUCGGGUAUUUUCCACAAGAAAAAUGGUGGAGGAUUUUUGGAUAAAUUCUAUCCAGAAUGUGCUAAGGCCAUUUUCGAUUUUGAAGGUAUCCAUACUACGUCGCGUCACAUUCCGCAUGUUAAAUUUACUGGGUUGAUUCAUCCGGGUAUUAUGGGCACUGCACCAUCCCAGGAGAUUCUGAAUGAAUGGAACAAGAGGGAGAAAUUCAUCAAAGACGAAUGUCAACAUUUGCAUGAGACAUCAGUGGCCAAUUUGCCCGACGAAUUGAACGCGCAUGGUGGUAGUGCAGAGGGUGAUCUUUUGGCCAAGAUUGCUAAAGAGGGCUCUAGAACUAUCCCUGGUAGACCAGAAAACGGUGGCAACUGUGAUAUCAAGAAUUUGUCUCGUGGAUCCAAAUGUUAUUUCCCAGUUUACGUUCCCGGUGCCAAGUUUUCCAUCGGAGACUUGCACUUCUCGCAAGGUGACGGUGAAAUUUCAUUCUGUGGUGCCAUUGAAAUGGCUGGUGUUAUAACGAUUCAAACCAAAGUCGUUAAAGGUGGUAUGAAGAUGUUGAACUUGAAAUCACCGCUUUUUAUUCCUGGUGACGUUCAAAACCAUUACGGGCCUUCUAGAUACUUGACCUUUGAAGGAUUCUCUGUCGACGAAACGGGUGAGCAAAAAUUCUUGGACGCAACGGUCGCGUACAGACAAUCCUGUAUCAGAGUGAUUGAGUAUUUGAGAAGAUUUGGUUACAACGAUUAUCAGAUUUAUUUGUUGUUGUCCACCGCGCCCAUCGAGGGUCACAUGGCCGGGAUUGUCGAUGUUCCCAACGCCUGUACCACUAUUGGAGUCCCAAUGGAUAUUUUCGAUUUUGACAUCUCCCCAGAUAAGUCGAUGGAGAUCUUGGCGGCGGGUGGAGACAUCACGCAGGACAUGGGCAAUUGUGCUCUUGUAAGUAAUUAUGAUCAUCCGGUGGUUUAUGAGUACAAUGAAGGGUUGAUGAACGGUUUGAAUUUGAAGUAG